GGUGGAGGGUUUAGGGUGGACUGGGCACUUCAGUUUUAAAACCUCAGCCGGAGUGAGCGCUGACUAAGUGAGUCGAGGGAGGAAAAGUUGCCACCCGAAGCAGCAACAGAUAAAUUGAGGAAGCUGCUGAGAGAGGGGAGUGAUGGAAAAGUAUGUGCGGAGGAGGUAGACACCGGGGGAGGAGGUUUCAUUCCCCACAGCUCCUCUCAGGAUUUCCCUCUCUGGACGUUGCUGCUGCUGCUGCUGCUCUAAGUGCCUUCUCUCCAGGGCCAUACUCUUCCAUAUCUGGACCUGGAUUUGGACAAACAGUGAAGUGGACUGAGUCAGACGGGACAGCAUCGCCGAAUCUAAAUUUAACGGUUAAAUUAAGUCUUUGCUGAAAGGUGAUUGGUGGACCUCGGGAUUACUGAAAGAAAAACUGGUUACUGUUACUUAAAACAUUGCAAGUCCCAUAAGUAUUUAUUUAUUUUUUAAGUAGAGCCUUGUUUUCACUUUGCAUGGUCUGCUUUAAAAGAUUAGCUCACCCUGAAUAUUGUGAACGGAUGCCGCUAAGACUAGAAACUCAGACUGUCCUUGGCUGGCAGAUAAAGAGGAUUCACAGUAUGUUUUUGUGUGAUUGUUGCUUGUGUGGUCGGCACAUAUAAUGGGGUAAUUAAUUUAUAAUUGCUAAUAUUGUUUUGCCAUUUUAUGGCAUGGAAGGAGAGAAGACUUGGGUAUUUCAUGUUCUGUAUUUCAAUAAGUCAGCUGAAUUCAUACAGACUUUCUCCGGUGCCAAACCAUGUAAAUGGACACCAAAUUCUUUGCUUUUCCCAAAAGACAUUUUCAUCUAAAACCAAGAUGUGAUUCGUGAGUGUAAACUAUGACGUGAGGACUGAUUAUAGCUCUGAGACUAAAGAGGGUGAGCAGUAACUUGUGUCUUUGCCAGUCUGAGCUCCUGAGAGAACGUGCAGGACGAAAGUCUGGAAAGUGACUCUAAACGUCUCCUUUAAUGCACCAUAAUAAAUGGCUCGUGACACAACCCCCAUUUUCCCUCAUGGGUCUAGAGAGGGAGGUUUUCCAUAUAUGUCGGCUUCCACAUAUUUUCCACUUCAGCAUCAGUGUUGACAUUAGAGCAGCCUUCGUCCAGCCCGCUUGGCCUGGUUCUCAAGCUGUCUCCUGGGCCUGGGAACCAACCCAUGCAGUCACCCACCAAUCAGACUUGUUUCCUUUCCCUUGCUCACCUCUGUUGAAAACACUUGUUGUUGACUAACCCGGCCCAGCGUUACUCAGGCAAGCCCCAGGCCUUCUCGUGCAGGCUUGGCCCUGAGUGGGCCCCCCCCCCCUGUCCUGACGCCAUGGGGAUCCAGGGUAUGGAGUUGUUUGCCAUCGGCGUGGUUAUCAUCCUUUUCAUGGCAGUUCUCAAGCAGUUUGGCAUCUUGGAGCCCAUGUCCUCAUUUGAAGAUGACAGCAGUGACAGUGACUUGGAGCUGUCGACGGUGCGUCACCAGCCGGAGGGUCUGGACCAGCUGCAAGCUCAGACCAAGUUCACCAGGAAGGAGCUUCAGUCCCUCUAUCGAGGCUUCAAGAACGAGUGUCCCAGUGGGCUGGUUGAUGAAGAGACUUUCAAGACCAUCUAUUCUCAGUUCUUUCCCCAAGGAGAUGCCACCACCUACGCUCACUUCCUGUUCAACGCAUUUGACAUCGACAGAAAUGGUUCAAUCCGCUUUGAGGACUUUGUCAUCGGCCUGUCUGUGUUGCUAAGAGGUUCGGUCACUGAGAAGCUCAACUGGGCCUUCAACCUCUACGACAUUAAUAAGGAUGGCUACAUCACCAAAGAGGAGAUGCUGGCGAUCAUGAAGUCAAUCUACGACAUGAUGGGGAGGUACACCUACCCCUGUGUGCGAGAUGAAGCUCCUUCCGAACACGUGGACAAGUUCUUCCAGAAAAUGGAUAAAAACAGAGAUGGUGUUGUGACCAUUGAAGAGUUCAUUGAGACCUGUCAGAAGGACGAGAACAUCAUGAACUCCAUGCAGCUGUUUGAGAAUGUGAUAUAAAGAAGCACAGCUCACACACAAAGCACACCCACCUCACCUCACCAACCCCUCAAACUCAUCCUGGAAUAUAAUGUAGGUACUGUACUGGACACAGGAACUGUGUGUUUUUUUUUCUAUUUCUUGCUGCGCUCCUUUAGCUGUAUCUUGCAACUGCCUCUGGAUUAAACAAAAGACUGCUACAGACUGAAGAAGAGGAGAAGAGCUUCCUGGGUAAAAAUUCCCCAUCGGCCUGUUUUUAUUUUAUUUUUAUUUUUUUGUGUGUGUCCUAAAUGAGGAAACAGAAGAGCUCGUGUUUUAUCAUCAGACAAAGAGAAUUAACAAGGAAUGCAGAAUCUUACAAUAAUCCUCUGACCCGAGUUCCCAGGGAUACUAGCUUUAACACAAACACACACACACACACACACACACACACUCCUGCUCUUUCCUCAAGCGUUUUCUGAGCACUGGAUGAAGUGAACUUAGAGAAUAAAAAUCGCAACAACAAAAAAAAAAAAAAAGAGAAAUGAAGUAAAGCAUGUUUGUCAUCAAAUAUGUGAUGUGGAAUUAGCUUGCACUACAAUUUUAAGACUAUGUAUUAUAUGCGCCUGACGUAAAGGCACUGUAGAUACCUGCAACUGAUGCACCACUGGUGUGUAUGUAUAUAUGUAUAGUUAAUAGUUAUAUAUCCUACCUUGUAUUGGUCUCAUCUGUGCUGCACUGGGUGAUGGAGUAGGACCAGAGCUGAAUAUUUGUUUUAGAAAUCUCUGUUUAGUAUCAGUUCUCCACAGAUUAUUAAAAUAUUUCUCCCUUUUUUAUUUGUAUUUUGGAAGAUUAUGUUUAGCUGGUCAGAUUAGAGUCUGUACAGUACUGUGAAGAAACAAAAGGACUGUUAAAAGUGUGUUCUUAUGCUGAAUUAAGGCUUUCUCUUGAUUCUUCAGUAUCUACGAGCAUGCUGACUCUUAAGUGCCACAGUAUUCUGUACAGUACAGUAGGACCUUUGUGAUGUCGGUUAAUUAAAGAUGCUGUCGACAGCUGCGA